AUGAGCGAUUUCGAUAAAGAACUUAUUUAAAAGACAGAAAAGUUAACCAUAAAGGAAAAGGAAAUAAAUUAAUAGGAAAAUAUCAAUGAUUUAGAAGAUAUCACUCCUAAUCGUGGUAGGUUUUUUUCAUCUAUGAAUUACAAAGAAUAUGUAAGCAAAUUUGAUAAACCUCCAGCUCGUCCUAAAAUCAUGCCUCUUGCCGCUGAUCCUAUCAUAGACAAUGAAUUUUCACUCGAUAGUUACGAAUAACCCACAGAAACGAGAAGCUAUUCAUAGAGCUUACCAAUGAGACCUUUGGAGCUUAGCGGAAGCAGUAGUUUAAAAUCUGGAUCUGAAUAAAAAACAAUAGAAGAGGAAGAUGAAGAAAACGAUGAAGAAAUUGGUGGUAUUGAAGAAGACCCCAUCUAUCCUAUCGAUACUUUGCCCUAAAAUAGUGAAAUAGUAAACAACAUAAUUUAAAAUAAUGAUAUUAUCAGAAGUAGAUCUUAGUCUGAAAAUGCUUCCAAUUUGAGUAUAUUUAACUUCUGUUAAGGAAUCAGAAAGAAAUAAAACACUAUCAUCAAUUGA